AUGAAAACCUCCAUCCUCCCGGCCCUGGCCCUCGUCGGCCUGGCCGCCCCGGGACCGCUCCCCCCAGCACCGCCGGGCCACGGCCUGCCCAUCGUCAAAACCACAACCACGCCCGGCGGCCAAACCCUCGACUGGGUGCCCAUCUCGUCGCAGGGCGAAAUCGCGCAGCCGCCGCCGCCGUCCCUCCUCAAGCGCGCACCCACCCGGCAGGACGCGGCCGUGGUGGCUGCCAUCAGGCCCGCGGACGCCGGGCCCGCCGGAACAGUGCCGAUCCUCCGGGCCCAUGGCCCCACCAUGCCGAUGAAACGGCUCCCCCGCCCCGGCGACAACGCCGCCGCGGCAGCCGUGUCCGCGCGCUCCCACCAAGGGACGCACUGGUACGCGAGCACGGCGCAGAACGCCAGCAACCACGGCGGAACCGCCACCUACAGCAUCUUCAAGGCCUUUGUGCAGCGCCCCUCGGACUUCUCCCUGCUGCAGGUCGCCGUCAUCCGCAACGACGCCGCCCACGCCGGCACCCCGCCCAAGAGCCAGACCGUCGAGGCCGGAUGGAUCAACUACCCCGACCAGGUCGCCGCCCCGCACCUGUUCUCCUUCUACACGACCAACAACUACGAGUCGUACGGGGACGACGUGUGCGGCUGGAACCGCGACGUCGCCGGCUGGGUGCAGUACGACGGCGAGAUCUAUCCGGGCGUCGCGUUCGCGCCGCUCGCCACCGUCGGCGGCGACAGGUACGAGGCCGACAUUGGCUUCUACUACUACCGGGGGAACUGGUGGCUGCACACGCUGGGCAGGUUCGUCGGCUACUACCCCGGGAGCCUGUUCUCCAGGGGCGUGGACCCGGCCGACACUCUGGACCACCACUCGGACCAGAUCAACUUCUACGGCGAGAUCUACAACAGCGAGGACGAAAUGACCACCACUGACAUGGGGAGCGGCGAGUUCCCCGACAAGGGCUUCGGGUACGCCGCCUACUUGAGGAAGAUUGCCUACUACGACAUGAAGGACACGUUUCAGAACUAUAAUGGGAGUCGCGGCGUCGUCAUAAGCGACCAGAGUAGGUAUAACCUGUCGGCGGUCUGGAACUCGGGGUCGGACUGGGGAAGCUACUUCUUUAUUGGAGGUCCAGGGGCCGGCGGCGUCGUUGGAGCCUAG